AUGGCGUUACCGUUUUUACCUGGCAACACAUUCGAUCGCAAGAUUGGCAAAGAUAAAUUUCAUUUAUCACAUCAAUUCGAUAAAUAUAAUGGAGUGGCUAUGUCAACAGGUACUCAACUGGGUGUUGGAGGUGUACCAUUACCAGGAGAAGAUCUUCGACCGAAAAAUUCAGUUUAUCCUCGAGGCGAAGGACCUGAUCGACCAGCUUGGCUUGCGUUUGAUAAACAAGUGCUUUGUUUCGAUGCUUAUUUCCAAGAAUCUAUAACUGAACGUCCCGAAGAACAAUAUCGCAUUCGGAUAUGCCGUGUUUAUUUCUAUCCAGAAGAUGAUACAGUUCAAGUUGUGGAACAACGCCAGAAUAAUGUCGGUUUUCCUCAAGGUACAAUCUUGAAACGCCAUCGUGUACCAUUACCAGCACCUAAUGAUGAUCGGUUUUAUACUUACGAUCAGUUCAACGUGGGAUCGGAAGUAUCGUUCUACGGACGCGUUUACAAAUUGAUCGAUUGUGAUCCAUUUACACGAAACUUUUUAACCAAAUUGGGUGUACGCGUACCGCCAGGAUUCUCGGCUCCGGAAGAUCCAUUCCUCAAACAUCGUCAACUUGCCGAAGGUACCCAAAACCCGCUUCGACCAUACGAAAGAAUAGAUACAUUGAAACAAUUCAUCAAUCACGACACACAUGUCCUUCGUUUCUGGGGUGUUUGGGAUGAUUCAGAAAGUUUAUAUGGCGAUGUACGAAAUUUUGUUAUACAUUAUUUUCUUUCGGAUGAUACCAUGGAAGUUCGAGAGGUUCUUCCACCGAAUUCUGGUCGUGAUGCGCCGCCAACUUUUCUUUCACGAAAGAAAUUGCCAAAAGAUUUCGAAGGUCUACGUCUACCGGGUGAAACUGCUCCACGUACUGUUCUCAAUGUCUUUGGCCAACUGAAUAAACAACGCUACAUUCUUGAUAACCUUAAGACAGGUGCUCUUAAUCAAAAAUACUAUACUGAUCAAGAUUUAGCGAUUGGUCAAUUGAUAAACGUCUUUGGACGAAAGGUUCUAUUGACAGACUGUGAUGAAUUUACUAAAAACUAUUAUCGUACGAAAUAUGGCGUACAAGAUUUUACACCAAUUAGCUACAAGAAGGGAAAUGAUUACAAACCGUUAAAACAAACAUAUCCCUAUACGGGUUUUGGAUCGGAAGAGGAUUCAUUGAAUUCAACUAAAAAGCUUCUUGCUGAUCCGGUCAAGAAAGAUUUCAAUAAAUUUAUGGGCUUCGAUCGCCAAGCUCUUGAAAGUUACAUCCUUCGUUUCAUGGCCAAGAUUAUGACAAAAGAUCCUAUCCAAUCUCAACGCCGUUUCGUCAUAUCGUACUUUCUUGCCGAUGACACGAUCAGCAUCCAUGAACCAGUAACAAGAAACUCUGGUAUCGAUGGUGGGAAAUUUCUUGAACGUCAACGAGUAAAAAAACCCGACCAAACCCGAUAUCCUCUUGAAGUAUCGGAAUACUUCGGUGCAUCCGAUUUCUAUGUCGGCGCUCGUGUUGUCAUCAACGGAUUUGAUUUUUAUCUAUAUGAUGCAGAUGAAUAUGCAUUUAAAGUGAUGGAAAUGGAAGCGUAUCUUUUCCCUGUCGCUGAUCAAAAAUUAAUCAUGGACAAAUUACGAUCGGUCCUAUCGAACAGUCCGGAUGCGGUUACUCAAUUUGGACAACACGAUCCUGAACACAAGGGUUACUUCGGAUUUGAAACGUUCUUUUACUUGAUGAAGAAUCUUGUUGGAAAUCGUCUGGUCGAUCAUGAAAUCAUCACAUUGGCGCGAUUCUAUGCACCCAAAACCAUGAAAGAACAUGAUAUCUACUCGCUUGUUGCUACUGCUCAAGAACAUUUGAGAAAGAAUAAUUAUGAACACUUAUUACCAUUGAAGGAAAACUUGAUCUCACGAGAUCGAAGUGGAAACGCUCGAUUACCUGCACAAGAAGUUCGCACUGCCAUUCGUUCGGUACACGUUCCCAUACCUGAUUAUUUGUUAAAUUUACUAAUCGCUCGAAUGACUCAAACUGAUGGUACAAUUGACUAUAAUGACAUACUCGAUGCUCUUAAUUGGCGUCAAUUGCCUGUUGCCAAGCCUGUGCCUACGAGUGAACAUGAAUCCUCUGAUUUCGCUUCCACACGCCAUACAGAUGACGCAAGAAUAUUAGAUCAAACGACACAUGAACGUAAAAAAUUCAAUGUUCAAUAUUCUGUGAUGCUCAGUGAUCUUGGUUUAAGCAAUUCAUACACAAAAUCAUCACUAGGAUCAUGUGAAAAUUGUGACGAAUGUAGAAAAUAA